AUGGCUCCUAAAACACCUAAAGAUCCUAAUGCAGCUAAAGUAGGCAAAGCACCUAAAACACCUAAACAACCUAUAAUACCCCCAGGUCCUUAUGUCCCUGCUCCUCCACCUACAAGACCAGGGCAAAGAUAUUUUGAGUUUGGAGAUUGGUGUAACUCUAAGGGUUACUGGAAGGGGAACCAUGAUUUGAAGAAAUUAAUUGCAACUUUCUUGACUCCUACACAACGGGAUAAGCUUAAUAAUGGUACAUUUCGAUACAUUAUGGCUAUGGAGAAUUUCAAAUGCAGCAUGAAGUUGGUUCAUUAUCUGUGUCUUUCUCGAAUAUUCACGAAUGAUCGAAACUUCAUUAGUUUCAAAAUUUUUGGCCAUGAUGUUUCCUUCACCCUUGAAGACUUUCACAUUUUGUGUGGUUUGCGGAUCACAACACAUAAUAUUGAAAAACCAAUUAAUCGAGAGAGCAAUAUUCUGAAGCGCUAUUUUGGUAAGUCCAAAGGUGUGACUUUGAAGGAUAUUCUAAAUUUUAUGACUCGCAAAGAAAUUCCAAAUAAUGGUGUGAAUCACGUACACGUAUGCGAGAGUGAUGAUGAUAAUGUUGUUAAGCUUAUGGAAGUUCUUGUUGUAGAGUCUAUUUUGUUUGGAAAAAAUACCGAGUCAUCUGUGAUGGAGGAGUAUGCAUCUAUUAUUGAAGAUGAUAAGGUUUGUGAUGAAUAUCCUUGGGGUAAUUUGACUUAUGAGAAGCUCAUUUAUUCACUGAAACAUGCAUUGGACAAGCAGAACAAAUUACAUACAACUGAGUAUAAACUUGGUGGAUUUCCAUAUCCGUUAUGUGCUUGGUUCUAUGAGCGCUUCCCGGAUGUUCGGGAGAAGUAUAUAAGAGAGGAUGAGUACCUUGAUACCCCUCAGGUCCCCAGGAUGUUACGUUAUAUAUGUGUGGGAGAGCCUAAAUUUCCCGAACUUUAUCAUAUGUUCAGUACUCAUGAAAGAUAUCGCGACUUUAGGGUAUUGGAUAUAAUUCCUACAGAAGAGGAAUUGAAUUCAAUGCCUUUAAUUGGACAAUUACUGUCAUGA